AUGCCUCUUCUUCGGUGUAGGAAGUCAUUCGGACGAGAUUUGGUGCAUGUUGGGCGACGUAGCUCUCUGAUCCCACUCAGCUCGAAACGUAGUGCUUCUUCAACUAGUGAUCGCCCCUUAAAUACAGUCAGCCGUCAUGUCACCCAACCAAAAUCACAAGGCGCCUCGCAAGCCAUGCUCUACGCUACCGGCCUCGAGUUGGCAGACAUGGACAAAGCCCAAGUCGGCAUAUCGUCGGUCUGGUUCUCCGGUAACCCUUGCAAUAAACAUCUUCUCGACCUCAACAAUCGAGUGAAAGAGGGGGUAGAGCAGCAAGGGCUUAUAGGCUACCAAUUCAACACCGUAGGAGUCAGCGAUGCAAUAUCCAUGGGAACAAAAGGCAUGAGAUAUUCCUUACAGUCGCGUGACUUGAUUGCAGAUUCGAUCGAGACCGUGAUGGGUGGUCAAUGGUACGACGCAAACAUUUCAAUCCCGGGUUGCGACAAGAACAUGCCUGGUGUGAUUAUGGCAAUGGGACGUGUCAACAGACCUUCAUUGAUGGUAUACGGAGGCUCGAUCAGGCCUGGAUGUGCGGUGACACAAGAUAAUGCAGAUAUCGACAUUGUCUCCGCCUUUCAAUCCUACGGUCAAUUCAUUGGAGGUCACAUCAGUGAAGAACAACGCUUUGACAUCAUACGGAAUGCAUGUCCGGGUGGAGGUGCAUGUGGUGGGAUGUACACUGCAAACACAAUGGCUACCGCCAUCGAAGUCAUGGGUAUGACUUUGCCGGGCUCUUCAUCAAACCUCGCCGAGUCCAAAGCAAAGUAUCUGGAGUGUGUGGCGGCUGGUGGAGCGAUCAAGAAAUUACUUCAAGAAGAUAUCAGACCUUCCGAUAUUAUGACGAGAGAGGCAUUUGAGAAUGCCAUGGUUAUUGUCACCAUUACUGGAGGCUCGACCAACGCCGUCCUCCAUCUAAUUGCCAUGGCGCACUCCGUCGGUAUCGAUCUUACUAUUGAUGACUUUCAGCGUGUCAGCGACAGGACGCCAUUCCUCGCCGAUCUCAAACCGUCGGGCAAGUAUGUAAUGGCGGACUUGCACCGAAUCGGUGGAAUUCCUAGUCUAAUCAAGCUUCUGCUCAAAGAAAAUGUUAUAUCUGGUACCGGCAUGACAGUCACGGGCCAGACACUCGCGAAGAACGCAGAGAACGCACCUGAUUUCCCAUCUGAUCAGACCAUCAUUCGCCCCUUCAGUGACCCUAUUAAGAAGACUGGACACAUCCAAAUUUUGCGUGGCAGUCUUGCUCCGGAAGGAUGCGUUGGUAAGAUCACGGGCAAGGAAGGCACUCGUUUUGUUGGUAGAGCGAAAGUCUUCGACGGCGAAGAUGACAUGGUCCUUGCGCUAGAGAAAGGUGCCAUCAAGCAAGGCGAGAAGACCGUUGUCGUGAUACGAUACGAAGGGCCUAAAGGAGGCCCUGGCAUGCCAGAGAUGUUGAAACCAAGCUCAGCCAUUAUGGGCGCUGGUCUCGGCAAAGAUGUGGCCUUGAUUACAGAUGGCAGAUUCAGUGGCGGCAGUCACGGGUUUCUGAUCGGUCAUAUCGUGCCAGAAGCGCAAGAAGGUGGUCCUAUCGCAUUCGUCAGGGACGGUGACGAAAUCGUAAUCGAUUCUGAAACUAGGAGACUGGAUGUGUCUAUAGAAGAAACGGAGCUAGAAAGGAGGAAGAAGGACUGGCGCCAGCCUCCUUUAAAGUACCAGAAAGGUACUCUAAAAAAAUAUGCAAAAAUUGUCAUUGAUGCGAGCCAUGGAUGCAUUACGGAUUCAUAA